AAAAAUCAGAACUCAAAAAAAAAUUCUCUCUCAAUCUUAGCACACUCAGAGAUUCACAGCUGAGGACCAAUCCAAUGGCUUCUACAGUGUCCUUCUCCCCCUUCUCCUCCUCCUCAGCUUCUUCUUCCUCCGCUCACAACCUCUCUCGUGCAAGAGCCCCAAAAUCUCUCCCCUUUAGUUUCCUCCAUCUCUCAUCAAAAUUCUCAACUGGGCUCCCGAAAUCUCUCUUUUUGAAUCAUGGGUUCUCGAGAUCUCAGGAUUCUGUGUCGAGGAACGAGAGGAGGGCUGGCUUCGUCUCUGCAACUGCUGCCACUGAGAAGAGUAUCCACGAUUUCACUGUUAAGGAUAUUGAUGGCAAGGAUGUCCCUCUCAGCAAAUUCAAGGGAAAGGUUCUGUUAAUUGUCAAUGUUGCUUCGAGAUGUGGGUUGACGACAUCGAACUAUACAGAACUUUCUCACAUUUAUGAGAAAUAUAAGACACAAGGCUUUGAGAUCUUGGCUUUUCCCUGCAAUCAGUUUGGAGGACAAGAGCCUGGAUCAAAUACAGAUAUAAAGCAGUUUGCUUGUACGAGAUUCAAAGCUGAAUUCCCAAUUUUUGACAAGGUUGAUGUGAAUGGACCAAACACUGCUGCGGUAUAUCAGUUUCUCAAGUCAAGUGCUGGAGGAUUUUUAGGCGAUAUUAUCAAGUGGAACUUCGAGAAGUUCUUGGUGGACAAAAAUGGUAAGGUUGUCGAAAGGUACCCACCGACAACUUCACCUUUCCAGAUCGAGAAGGAUAUCCAAAAGCUUCUGUCAGCGUAAUAUUUGAUACGUUAUCGAUGUCGAACUAUAGAACCACACAGUACAUACGCGUGCUCCAUGGAUGUUUUUUUGUGGUAUGUUAUCAGUUGUAUUGGUUGAGAAUAUAUCGUGUAAUAUAUUAACAGUUGAGUGAUAAUGGUGCUGUGUUUAGUGCCUUGUUAUGACAAAUAAGAACAUUUGCAUCAGGCAGUUCGAUAGAAGGCACAAAACUUAAAUAUUUUCGAACGAAUCUUGAAACGGUAUGGUUGAUGAAUGAUGAGUGGUGGGAUGCCUAUAAACACAACUGAAUGCAAGAAAAUGAUUCAUGUUGUA